CAACACAUUCUAUUACAAAAAGAGAGAGAGAAAAAAAUAUAGAACCACUUUCUCUCCUUCAAAAUGUCCAACAAGGUUCACGUAGGAAGCACUGAGAUGGAGGAAGGUUUGAGAAAUAACAAGUGGAAAGUUUUAGAACCUUCCGAGAAAAUCAAGAAGAUUCCGAAAAGGCUUUGGGAUGUCGGAAAAGAAGAUCCAAGAAGAGUAAUACAUGCCCUUAAAGUAGGUAUUUCCUUGACACUUGUCUCUUUGUUAUAUCUCAUGGAGCCUCUCUUCAAAGACAUUGGGAGCAAUGCGAUUUGGGCUGUCAUGACCGUCGUCGUCGUUCUCGAGUUCUCUGCCGGUGCAACGUUGUGCAAAGGGCUUAACAGAGGAUUAGGAACACUAAUCGCAGGGUCUUUGACAUUUUUCAUUGAGUUUGUUGCUAAUGAUUCUGGAAAAGUUCUUCGAGCUAUCUUCAUUGGCACUGCUGUUUUCAUCAUUGGAGCGGCUGCAACAUAUAUAAGGUUUAUACCGUAUAUAAAGAAGAAUUACGAUUAUGGUGUUGUGAUAUUUCUCUUGACGUUCAAUCUCAUAACGGUUUCAAGCUACAGAGUAGACAGUGUUAUAACCAUAGCACACGAUAGAUUCUACACUAUAGUUAUCGGUUGCGGAAUAUGUCUUUUCAUGAGCCUUCUUGUUUUUCCUAUUUGGUCCGGUGAAGAUCUACACAAGACCACCGUCGGUAAACUCCAAGGCCUCUCUCGCUCUAUAGAAGCAUGUGUGAGCGAGUACUUUGAGGAGAAAGAGAAAGAAACAUCAGAUUCAAAAGACAGAAUCUAUGAAGGGUAUCAAGCUGUUUUGGAUUCUAAAUCCAUUGAUGAAACACUGGCAUUAUAUGCAAACUGGGAGCCAAGACACACGAGACGAUGUCAUAGAUUCCCAUGUCAACAAUAUGUGAAAGUUGGAGCUGUUCUUCGCCAAUUUGGUUACACUGUCGUUGCUCUUCACGGUUGUUUACAAACUGAGAUCCAAACUCCAAGAUCUGUUCGCGCUCUUUUCAAAGAUCCUUGUGUAAGAUUAGCCGGAGAAGUAUGCAAAGCUUUGUCGGAACUCGCCGAUAGCAUCUCCAACCACCGUCACUGUUCGCCUGAGAUUCUCUCCGAUCAUCUCCACGUGGCACUCCAAGACCUUAACUCGGCUAUCAAGUCACAGCCUAAACUCUUCCUCGGCUCCAAUCUGCAUCGUCACAACAAUAAACACCAAAACGCAGUUUCACAACGCAACCGUGCAAACGCCGUUUCGCUGUCUAGCUUCAGGACGGACACGUCAGCUUUGAUGGAGUACAGGAGAUCGUUCAAGAACAAUAAUAGGUCCGAGACGACGUCGGCGGGAGAGAGGAGGAUGUUACGGCCGCAGCUGAGUAAAAUAGCGGUGAUGACGAGCCUUGAGUUCUCGGAGGCUUUGCCGUUCGCGGCGUUUGUGUCGUUGCUGGUGGAGAUGGUGGCGAGGCUUGAUAAUGUGAUAGAGGAAGUGGAGGAGUUGGGAAGGAUCGCAUGUUUUAAGGAGUAUGAUAACACGCGUGAUCCGACGGCUGACGAUGUCCGGUGCGAAAAACCGGCGAAUGUUGUGAUCAGUGUCGGCGCCGCGGAAUAAUUUUAUUUAAUUCAUCCGAUCGUUCUAACGACGAAUUGAUUAUGGGGUUCGAUUUUAGGUGUAUAUUUGAAAAAGAUAGAGACUUAUUCAUCCGAUCGUUAUAACGACGAAUCGAUUAUGGGGUUCGAUUUGGUUCAGUAUGAUUCAUCCGAUCGGUAUAUUUUUACAAUAGAAAAAAUCUAAAAAUAUUUUUUAUAAAGUAACUUUAUAAAUUAAUAAAAGAUCAUAUUUA